GGUUCCCGGCAGGGCGAGGAUGCAGUAGGGCGCUGACCAUGGACCAUGACGCCCCCACCAUCAGGCCCCGCCGCAUCCAGAACCAGAACGUCAUCCACCGCCUGGAGCGCCGCCGCAUCAGCUCGGGCAAAGCCGGCACCCACUGGCACCAGGUGCGCGUCUUCCACCAGAACGUCUUCCCCAACUUCACCGUGGUCAACGUGGAGAAGCCGCCCUGCUUCCUGCGCAAGUUCUCCCCCGACGGGCGCUACUUCAUCGCCUUCUCCUCCGACCAGACCUCCCUGGAGAUCUACGAGUACCAGGGCUGCCAGGCGGCGGAAGACCUCCUGCAGGGCUACGAGGGGGAGAUCCUGGCCAACGGCAACGACCAGAGAUCCGUCAACAUCCGCGGGCGGCUCUUUGAGCGCUUCUUCGUCCUGCUGCACAUCACCAACGUGGCCUCCAACGGGGAGCACCUGAACCGCGAGUGCAGCUUGUUCACCGACGACUGCCGCUACGUGAUCGUCGGCUCCGCCGCCUACCUGCCCGAGGAGCCGCACCCGCCCUUCUUCGAGGUUUACCGCAACAGCGAGUCGGUGACCCCCAACCCCCGCUCCCCGCUGGAGGACUACUCCCUGCACAUCAUCGACCUCCACACGGGCCGGCUCUGCGACACGCGGACUUUCAAGUGCGACAAGGUCAUCCUGUCGCACAACCAGGGGCUCUACCUCUACAAGAACAUCCUGGCCAUCCUCUCCGUGCAGCAGCAGACUAUCCACGUCUUUCAGGUCACCCCCGAGGGGACUUUCAUCGACGUGCGGACCAUCGGGCGCUUCUGCUACGAGGACGAUCUGCUCACCCUGUCCGCCGUGUACCCCGAGGUGCAGCGGGACACGCAGACGGGCAUGGCGAACCCCUACAAGGAGCCCUUCAUCAACUCCCUGAAGCACAGGCUGCUGGUGUACCUGUGGCGGAGGGCGGAGCAGGACGGAAGCGCCAUAGCCAAGAGGAGGUUCUUCCAGUACUUCGACCAGCUGCGGCAGCUCCGCAUGUGGAAGAUGCAGCUGCUGGAUGAGAACCACCUCUUCAUCAAGUACACGAGCGAGGACGUGGUCACGCUGCGGGUGACGGAUCCUUCCCAGCCCUCGUUCUUCGUCGUGUACAACAUGGUGACCACGGAGGUCAUCGCCGUGUUUGAGAACACGUCCGACGAGCUGCUGGAGCUGUUCGAGAACUUCUGCGACCUCUUCCGGAAUGCCACGUUGCACAGCGAGGCGGUCCAGUUCCCCUGCUCGGCGUCCAGCAACAACUUUGCCAGGCAGAUCCAGCGCCGGUUCAAAGACACUAUUGUGAACGCCAAGUACGGAGGGCACACGGAGGCUGUGCGGAGGCUGCUGGGCCAGCUCCCCAUCAGCGCCCAGUCCUACAGCGGCAGCCCGUACCUCGACCUCUCCCUUUUCAGCUAUGAUGACAAGUGGGUGUCAGUCAUGGAGCGUCCCAAGACCUGCGGCGAUCACCCGAUAAGAUUUUACGCUCGUGAUUCUGGCCUCCUGAAGUUUGAAAUCCAGGCGGGACUCCUGGGGCGCCCCAUCAAUCACACGGUGCGGCGCCUGGUUGCGUUCACCUUCCACCCCUUCGAGCCCUUUGCCAUCUCGGUGCAGCGCACAAAUGCGGAGUACGUGGUGAACUUCCACAUGAGGCACAGCUGCACGUAGGGGGACACGUGGCCAGGGCAGUGUUCUCCUCGGGUCUGGGCCUCUGCCACAGACACACCAAAGCUGGGCUCUCACCUUCUAGGAAACCAAACCAUCGCUCGUGUCAAGAAAUCUGACCUGGGAGCUCCUACCAGCCUGCGUCCCGCAGCCUCAGCUGGGGAAAGCUGAGCAGCUGAAGGCCUGGGGAUGUUUCUUCUGACUCUGUUCUCACUGCAGCCUCCCCACUGCGUUGGGCGCUGCUGCUGUUCCCGGCUCCUGUUGAUGAACAAAGCGUAGCUGAGAUUCCUUUCGUGAUUUCCCAGAGGCACGUCUGGUUUCUCUCCCGGUGUAUGUCUUAGGAUGGCGAGUACGGAGCUUUGCAACGUGUUUGUGGAGCGCUCCCUUCUGUACUGAUGCUUUCCUACCUUGUCAAGACAAACAGCCUGUCCUGGAGGGAACGGAUGGAAGCCAUGGGGAGGGCUUAAAAAUACAGCUACCUGUGUUUGCAUCUGCAGUAUUAGUAGGGAACCCAAACCCUGUUCUCAUCCACACAAUCUGCUCACGUGAGUUUAAUAUGCAAGAGGUUAGGAAACAGAAAAGGCGUGAGAAAUCACUGGGACUGAGCGAGAUGAGGUGUAUUCCUGUCUCUUAUGCAAGUCACUUAAUUUUUGUGCCUUAGUAUCCGUAAAGCCCCUAAGUGGAAGGUGGUGUGUUAACACCAGGAGGCCAGUGCAGCUGACUGUGUCUCCAGCAUAUGAAAAGGUGGGCACAGGAGGAAGGUGGGUGGCUGGGAGAGGCGUGGGGAGCGACAACGGCUCGUUGCUCACGUCAGAGGACUUCUUUCUGCAGAGCGUGGACAAAUCCUCGUGGGCAUCUGCAGGUUCUGCUGCUGGGGAGAGAGACCCAGCUGCUGGCACCCUCCUGCGCGCUGGAGUACGGACGUGGAGGAUUAGUAGCGUUUGGGUUUCCCCAGAAAGGAAGGAGGAGACCUGAAUUACUGUGCGCUGCUGCAGGUUUGCAGUUGAGAGCUGAGUUUGUUGACUUAGGUUGCUUACCUACCCCUGUUUGAUACGCUGUUCUCUGUGAGAACCCCUUUGGAUAUUGGCAGGCUUCAAAGCACAACCGGCUGGGGCACUGUGCUCAGCGUGCUGCUGACCGGACCGCUGCAGUGUCUGUGCUGCCUCUAGAAUAAGCUCCUGGGUGUAAUAUUUCCUAUCCCGUGAGCUGGAGGGGGUGCUGGGCUGCCCUCCUCGGUUAAAAAUGGAAUUUCUGGCUGUAGACAUCUGGGUUUUGCUGCACGUAGGCUGGGCUAUGACUGCUGUAAGGCGUUGCAGCCAUCCCAUGUGAGGUACAGAGGGGGCUUUAGAAAUUUGGUGCCCCUACGUGGGAGACCCCUGCUUUAGAGGGCCCUGUUGGUGUCAUCUUCGGACCAAAAUGGGCUGUGGGUGCUGUGGCCACGUGCCUGGCCCUUGAAAUCAGCCGUGACUCUCCAUCUCAUGGUAUUUCUCCCCUCUCCUGGCCUCCCUGAACUUAAUUCUAGGGCCAGACACCGUAUUUCACUGCUCUUUUCCUGGUGUUUGCACUGUUGGUUUCUCAGGUCUGUCAGGAGCGACUUCAGGUCGGAAGACGGCUAACAGAGGAGGCGCCAGGCCACAUCGCUUUGGGUCUGGGCUCCUCUCCACCUAAUAACACUAUUUGUCAAGGUCUUAGGUUUUUAUCCUGUGAUCUGUUCCUCAAACAUUCAAUUAAAGCUCCACGUGGAGAAUCAUUUGCACACUGUAGACCAUGGAAUUACCUCCUUCCCGCACCACUUUCACGUUUGUUCACACUUUCAGUAUGAGGCUAUUCUUUCCCAAAGCUUUCAGCAGCUCUGUCCAGGACUGGGUUUACUCCUUGGUGUCACAGCCUGGGACAUCAGUGCUUAUUAAAAUGGCUGUCAGAUCUCCAUUUAGAUUUUGUUUUAGGUGGCAAAAACCUAAACCACUUCAGCAUUUCUGCAGUAGGGGCUUUUGCCAGCGUCAGGCUAUCCUGUGUGAAGCAGAGAGCGUGGCACAGCAGACGAUGGAUUAUUGGACUUGGGGCUGAGAGACCAGAGGUCUGUUCUUAGCUCUGCUAUUAAAUUGUUUUGUCACUGGGGGCAAAUCUAUUCCUGUUCCAGCUGGUGUUUUCUUCUCUGUAAAUGAGGCCAAAACCAUAUUUUAAGCUUUUGUAAAAAACACUUUGAGAUUCAUGGAUAGAAAGUGCUGGGUAAGUGCUAAGUAUUUUCUUAUUAUGUUUGCAGACAAACCGAUUGAUUCAUUCUGGGUACUAAUUGCCUUGGAGUAGCGUUGCAGAUCCUCUGGUUGUGGCUGCUGCAUUUUAUAUCUACAACAGAGUUAAUUUUAUUACAGACGUGUUGGAAGAAAAGUCUCUCAUGCUUGAAAUUUUGAUUCUUUAUUUAAAAAGAAAAAAAAAAAGUGUGUGGUGGGGAGGGUGGGAGGAAAGGGGAGAUAUUUUCUACCUGAUAUUUUUCCUAGGCUAGGAUGAAGAUUUGUUAGCAACACAAUGGAAUAAACAGAAUUUGCUUUAA